AUGGCACUCAAGAACGAGAACCCUAUUUAUCAUUGGACCAUUUACAAGAACAAGAAAUUCGACAUGUACUGCCUGGACGGCUCAAUAUCUGUCAAUUGCAUUGUGUUCCAUGGAGAUGAAUUCCAGUGCAGUCGUGUUAUCGCUGCCGUCGGUGGCGUGAGGAAGUUCCGGUGUCUCACUGCUGUCACGGCUCAGGAGAUCAUCGAUGCGACGAAGAAGGGCCUGGAUCAUGAGGGAAAUUCGGCGAAUAGCACCGAUUCUUAA